AUGCUAUUGUUAUUCGUGUUAGUGAAUGUAAAUAAUUUUAUUAAGUCAGAGCAUUCCCUGAGUAUUUCCUUAGAGCAAUAUGAUCUAGAUGAUAGUACACAUAUGCAAAAAGAAGAAACUCUAACACUUUUAGAUAUAGCAAAUGAACUUGAGCAAUAUCAUUUGUUUUAAGUUUUGGGAAUUGAAGCUCAGGAUAGAUAAAUGAAAAGGUUGGCAGUGGCGUCAAUAAUUUCUAUUUUAACAAUUGCUGCAUGCUGUGGAUGUUCAUAAAUAAUAUAAGCUUAUUCAAAAUCAUGCAAAUAGAAACUUCCACCUCCCAAAAAUUAAUAUAGAAGAAUAGAACAAAAUGCUGACUCUUUAUGA